UAAGGCUGUUCUUAGAUCUCUGCCGGCAUUCGGCACUUGCCUGUGACGGCACGAUGCCUUGCAUCCGGAAGCAAUCGGUGGAAGAUACUAAACAAUCGAACGGCGAGCAGGUGGGAUGUGGGCCCCUCGCGAUGACGUCGCCCGCCCCUACUCUGCGCUCCCAAUGAGCUCCUUCUCGUUGCUUAAUUCGCGAUCUCUCGUUUCUUUGUUUCAUUUCCUAAUCCCCUCGGCCCUUGACCUCCAAACCCUCUUCUCUGGAUGGAUCCCAUCUUAUAUCUAGUUUGGAGGUCAAAACAUUUACAAUUCGGCGAUCUCCUACCCUGUUCUUCUUGUUCUUCUUCAUUUGGCCGUGAGAUUGUUUUGGUGGGCAUUGUGCGGCAAGCCGCGGCAUCGUCGCCGACGCGAGGUAUAUCAUUUCGGUCGUGGUUUCAGAUUCUCAAUUAUAUCAGGAAAUGCUGGAUAAAAUUCUAAGAAUUAGAAGGACUGAAAGAAUGGCCUAGGGCAUUUUUGUAAAAGAAAAAAGGUAUACUGGGUAGGAUGACAUGAAGGGGCAGUGACAGAGAAUUCUUUAUACAUGGAACAGUUAAAUAUGAUGAGUAUGAGAUUUCCAAAGCGAUAUCUUAUUGUUCUGCUGACCUUCAUCAGCACAAAUGUGUGCUACAUUGAGCGUAUGGGCUUCUCAAUUGCUUACACUGUGGCUGCAGAUGCCAUUGGUGUGGAUCAAUCAAGCAAGGGCCUGAUACUUUCAACAUUCUACUAUGGGUAUGUUGUCUCUCAGGUGCCUGGUGGAUGGGCAGCGCAGAGAGUAGGAGGAAGACGUGUUCUGCUUAUGUCAUUUGUAUUGUGGUCUUCAACAUGUGCUUUAGUUCCACUGGACCCUAGCAGAGUCAGUAUAUUAGUGCUUGCCCGCUUGCUUGUUGGGGUGGCACAGGGAUUCAUAUUUCCCUCCAUUCAUACAGUGCUAGCACAAUGGGUCCCUCCACAUGAGCGUUCCCGUUCUGUGUCUCUUACAACUUCAGGGAUGUACCUAGGUGCAGCUGGUGGCAUGCUUCUUCUGCCAAGCUUGGUGAAGUACAAGGGUCCUCAGUCAGUUUUUUUGGUUGAAGCAGCAUUGGGUGCCAUCUGGUCUAUCCUUUGGUUUAAAUGUGCUAGUGAUCCGCCUCGUUCUGAUCAUCCUAAGGCAAUGGCUGCUGGUUUUGGGGAGUCUUUGUUGCCUGCGACUCAGCUGAAAGAUAAGGUGAGAGUGCAAAAUGGUGGAAAUCCUCUUAAUGCCACUAAGAUCCCAUGGAAAAGGAUAAUCUUCAGUUUGCCAGUUUGGGCAAUUGUGGUGAACAACUUCACUUUCCAUUAUGCAUUAUAUGUGCUUAUGAAUUGGUUGCCAACAUAUUUUGAACUCAGCCUUCAGCUCAGUCUUCAGGAGAUGGGAUCUUCCAAGAUGCUCCCUUACCUGAACAUGUUUAUAUUUUCUAAUAUAGGUGGCGUAGUAGCAGAUCACUUGAUUACACGAAGGAUCUUAUCAGUGACAAAGACUCGUAAACUUUUGAAUACCGUUGGGUUCAUCAUAGCUGCCUUUGCUUUGAUGGCCCUUCCAUAUUUUAGAACCCCUACAGGGACCGUGCUCUGUUCUUCACUUUCUCUUGGCUUUUUGGCACUAGGAAGAGCAGGAUUUGCUGUAAAUCACCUGGACGUGGCUCCAAGGUAUGCAGGCAUUGUGAUGGGAGUUUCUAAUACGGCAGGCACAUUAGCUGGUAUCGUUGGUGUGGGGCUCACAGGGAGAAUUCUGGAGGCUGCAAAGGCUGCUAAUCUGGAUCUUUCAAGCUCUGAGAGUUGGAAAUCCGUAUUUUUUGUUCCAGCGUACCUCUGCAUAUUCAGUUCUGUUAUUUUUUUAAUAUUCGCAACAGGAGAAAGAAUUUUCUGAGUAACAAAGCAUUACUAUGGAUAUUUUAUUUUUUAUUCAGAAGUUCAUUGCCAAAGUUUUAGCUGGAGAUAUGAAAUUAAUACAUUCGGUACAUUAUCCAGACCGCCAGUUUCUUUACGCCAAGUUAGAUUCAUUUGGUGCCAUUGUGUAACUUGUGUUUUGAAGCAUUGUAAUGAGUAAACAAAAUGGAAUGUCAAGAUUGGAAAUGUGAGGUUCUCGAGAUCAAGUUUACUUCUUUAUAA